GGGUGUACCCAGUCCGUGUGACGUCACUGCAUCUGUCCCCUGUACCCCGGGUUCAUUAAAUCCUGCCUCAUCACAUCGCCGCGCACCUCGCCCUCUCCACACCUCACCUCCGAUUCACCGGGACUCAUUUCUCUACUUCAACUCUCGACCCGGACUGUAAAAACACGGAAAUAAACAUCCACGCCGCGGGGGGAGCGAGUUAUAAAACUUCAUUAUUUGCAUGAUUAUUUUUUUGUGUUUUUUAGUUUCCACGCUGGUUGUAGCCUGAAGCUGUUUUCUCAGCGGUAGCCAAACUCCAUGCAGAAAAAUGCCAAAUUUCCCCCCGCCGACACAAAAAGGUUAAGCCGGCUUGAGCUCCACUUGAUUAUUUUGUAAGUAUGCAGCUGAGGUUUUCAUUCGGCGCGAAUUCCAUUCAUCAAACAUCCUUUUUUUCUGGAUGGAUUCAAACUUUGCUGUCAAGUUGAUUUCGCUCGCUUUCCAAACUCAGUCGGUGCGCUGUGUUGUGAACGUUCGUUGUGCGCUCACACCUGGAAACAUCUGGCUCAGCUCCGGACAGGGAAAGACGCAGACAUCGUUGUUGGUGUAUUUUUCGAUUGAUUUGAUGGGAUUUGGAGUCCCACGCUGCAGCAGGCUUUUAGACAAGUAGGAUGGCUGCAGAUGGGUGUACCCAGUCGGUGUGACAUCACCGCAUCUGUCCCCUGUACCCUGGGUUCAUUCAAUCCUGCCUCAUCACAUCGCCGCGCACCUCGCCCUCUCCACACCUCACCUCCGAUUCACCGGGACUCAUUUCUCUACUUCAACUCUCGACCCGGACUGUAAAAACACGGAAAUAAACAUCCACGCCGCGGGGGGAGCGAGUUAUAAAACUUCAUUAUUUGCAUGAUUUUUUUUAGUGUUUCUUUAGACGGCUUCUUCAGGACUCGUUAUCUUUUGGAAGUCAGGGAAAUAUUCUCUCCACAAAUCCCCACCAUGAAUUUAAAAGUGGACCUGUGCCACACCAAGCAGUACAUCGACCCCGACCAGAACCGUCUGAUCAGCGCCGUCAUGUUCGCUGCGGGCAUCCUUGGCAACGUGGCCGCCCUGGUGAUCCUGGAGAUCCGGCGGCGCCGAGACGUGAGGACCGGGAACAAGCGGCGGCAAUCGUUCUUCCACGUCCUCAUCGCGUCGCUGGUGGUCACCGACCUGGCAGGGACGUGCCUGGUGAGUCCGCUGGUGCAGCUGUCGUAUUCUCAGAACACCACCAUGGAGGGGAUGUCCCCGGUGUCCCACAGCGUGUGCGGCUACUUCGGCUUCAGCAUGACCUUCUUCAGCUUGGCCACCAUGUCGCUCCUCUUCAUGAUGGCGCUGGAGAGAGGCUUUGCCAUCGGGUACCCCUACCUCUACAGCCGCCAUGUCACCAGGAAGUGCGCCUACAUCACCAUACCAGCAGUCUUCUUGUUGUGCAUUUUGUUCUGCCUCCUCCCGUUUGCUGGAUUUGGUGUUUAUGUUCAAUACUGUCCAGGCACGUGGUGCUUUAUCGACAUGAAUCCAGAUUUACCGGCCAACCGCGCCUACGCGUGCCUCUACGCGUCAGUGAUGCUCAUGCUGGUGCUAGCUAUCGUGGCGUGCAACUGCUUUGUGGUGUACCAGCUGUUCAGGAUGUACCAGCGGCGCAAGAGGAACGGCGGCUCCGUCAUGGCCACCACGAGAGCCAGCAGCGAGGGCAGGAAGAUGUCGAUGGCCGAGGAGGUGGAGCAUCUCAUCCUGCUGGUGUUCAUGACCAUCAUCUUCAUCAUCUGCACACUGCCCCUAGUGAUUCGAGUGUACAUCAACUCAACGCAAUUAGGUGAGGAGUCUCACCCAAUGGACCUGAUCGCCCUCCGCUUCAUCUCUGUCAACUCCAUCAUCGACCCCUGGGUCUUUAUCUUCCUCUCCCCCAGUGUGCUGCACUUUUUCUGGGCCUCAGUUUGCCCGGCGACCUUGAGGACCUCCAGGGGUUCUGGUUUUCAAACAUCAUUAGCGAAAGAGACUUCUCAGACUAACGUCCAACUUUCUUGUUCAACAAGACAUUUUCAGACUGCAGAAGCUCUAUGACCAUACCAGUAUUUCAUUUAAGGUCUUCAUAUUUAUUGGACUUAAUAUUGGAUGGGGGUUCUCCUUUGUAAUCCAUUGAACCGGUGAGCAGUGUUGGACCAAAACAUCCCAUUGUGAAAAUGGCCAUUUAUGUACAACAGAAAAAGAACCACAGUCUUUGGGCUGGUCCUGUCAUUUUCAUGGAUUUACACCCUCCACAAACUUUCCAGUUGUGUUGACACAGACAUGUCUGGAGCUUUAUUAUCUAAGUGUUAAAGCUCAACAGUUUGCCUCCUUUGCUGCUUAUAUUUGAAUGCCAUUAACUCAUUCUUAAGGCUGCUGAUUGUGGAUGGCAAAGAAAAAGACUUCCUCCAGGUUCGGUUUUGUUCUGGAAUAGACAAGUUGCAAAUGUUUUGGUGUGUAUUAAAUUCAUCGACGAUGUGGAAAGGCUUGGGCGCAGGUGGUAAACAGACGAGUAUUUCAAUAAGCCUUUGAUUCAGGACAAACACUGAAGAAGGAGUUAACCAAUGACUUCAGACCUUGCUGUUUACACCUUAUUGGACACGCUGACACUACAUGGUAUCAAAUGAUGGAUUUUCAGGGCCGAUGGGUCCCCAUGUCUACCGGAUCAUGACAUGUAGUCUGACCUGGGCAUUAUGUAUGAUGUGUAAUCUAUACAUGGGGCCUUUUAAUGUUCAUUAUGAGAUGCCUGGGGCGUGACUUACUGUUUUAUCACCUUGAGAACAUUAUCUUAUCACCUCUGAGCUUCUUAACCCCUGGUAACCUUUUCCUCUCACAUUCCAAACAGAUUCCUGCUGAAGAGGUCAAAGGGCAACCAGCCGGGAAACCCUGUUUUUGAAAAAGAGAAGUCACUCAGGGAGUGGCUGACAAAAAUGAAAAAGGCUAUGUGGAUUAUAGUUUCAAUGUGGAUGUACAGUAUGAAAGUUCUUCAUAUGAGACUGAGGUGACCUUUGACUUGACACCGUCUGCCUUUUUUUUAAAUUAACAAAAGAGUUAUCGUCUGUUUUUUUAUUCUAAUAGAUUCAUGGCCCAUUAUCGUAGCAAAUUAUGGUUCUUUUUAAAGAGCAAGAUCAGGUUAUCUGUAUGAUAAUCAAUACUUUAUUCUAACUAACUUUUUAUUUAUUUACUACAUUUUCAUAAAAGUGGAGAAUUAGUAAACAAAGGAAAGUGUACAUGAGUGUUAUUCACCAUUUGGCUUAAUCCAUAGUAAAGUGUAUCACAUUGACAUUACAAACUAAAUGAGACCAACACAUUUGAGGUAAGCUCAACAUGUGACAAACUCCACAGAACUUUUUGGUUGCAUUGUUAUCUACAUCUGUUAAAAACGUCUCCAUCAGUUAAUGUAUCAUUGUCAUUUACAAAAGAUGUUAUUUAUACAGAAUAUCUACAACUUGGUGACAAAGUGUCUUUUGCUCUUUAAAAGAAAAAAAAGCCACUGUUUGCUUUAAAUCUGUGCCAUACACAAGCUCUCAGAGAAGUCUUAUGGGGAAUGAAUUCAUAGAGAAUUUACAAGUUUCACUUUGAAUCUGGCUCUUACUUU